ACUGAUGCACCCGAGACGGCAGCAGCGGGAGCGCGCACUGACAGCUGAUGAUGCACUUGAAUUGAGCCGCUGCGGGGUGCGCGCACUGACAGCUGAAGGUUCACCGCGAUGACGGACACUCCGAUGGCCCAGCAUCAUCAUCAGCAGCAGCAGCAUCCCUGAGCGCCCGGCCAGCAUCAGCAGCAUCCCUCAUCCAUCCCUCUAUCCACCCAUCCAUCCAUCCUCAUGCGCCAGCAGCGCCGCGCAGCGCCUGUUCUCGCGUUCUCUCCGCUCUCCUCCGCCAUCCUCUGCGGUUGACGCUGCUCUCUCUCCUCAGCGUCCGAUCGCCGCGUUUCAGCCUCCAGGAUGCUGUCCGUCACAGGGAUUCUGGUGAUCGUCAUCCUCGGAAACGUAAUGCUCCAAUAUGCAUCAUCUCAGAACGCUGGGUUUGUGAAGUCGCCAAUGUCAGAGACUAAACUCACCGGAGACGCUUUUGAGCUGUACUGUGACGUGGUGGGAAAUCCUGUGCCGGAGAUCCAGUGGUGGUACGCCGAUAUAAACCGGGCGGACUCCUUCAAACAGCUGUGGGACGGCGCUCGUAAGCGGCGGGUGUCCAUCAACACGGCCUCUGGCGCCAACGGCGUAAGCGUGCUGGCCGUUUCCCGCCUCACGUUGGAGGACGCCGGAGUCUACGAGUGCCGGGCCAGCAACGAUCCGCGUCGCAACGACCUGCGCCAAAAUCCGGCCAUCACCUGGAUUCGAACUCAAGCCACCAUAUCGGUGCUGCAGAAGCCGAGAAUCAACGCUUCUGAUCAGGAGAUUUUACAACCUAAAGCUCCACAGCAGACGUCCAUCAUCUUACAAUGUAACCUCACAAACUCACACAGCACCCAUCAGGACACUUUCUGGAUGAAGAACGGUCAGGAGAUUCUUAACACAAGAACCGAGCACAAAAACACAGAAUUCAAGUUAAGUAAACCGCGGGCAGAAGAUUCUGGUGAAUACAUGUGUGUUUACACUUUUAAAUCGGCUCCUAAUGCCAACGCUUCCAUUGAGGUGAAAGCUUCUCCUGAAAUCACCUCUCAUAAACGCAGCGAGAACAGAAAAGAAGGAGAGAGUGCGAUGAUGUACUGUAAAUCUGUCGGGUAUCCACAUCCUGUGUGGACGUGGCGCAAAAAAGUGGGCAGAAUGUCUUACAUUGAUAUAGACAACAGUACUGGCCGAUUCUUCAUCACGAAUAAAGAGAAUUAUACAGAACUGAACAUCAGCAGUCUGGACAUCAGCACAGAUCCGGGCGAGUACGUCUGCAACGCCUCUAACAUCAUCGGAUCAAAGGAGUCCAUCACUAUUCUGCGUGUACGGAGUCAUCUCGCCCCGCUCUGGCCUUUCCUGGGCGUCCUGGCUGAAAUUAUCAUUCUGGUGGUCAUCAUUGUUGUUUAUGAGAAGCGCAAGAGGCCGGAUGAGAUUACUGACGACGAUGAACCAGUCGCACCAAUCAAAACGAACUCUACGAACAACCACAAGGACAAAACCGUGCGACAACGAAACGCAAACUGAGCUGACAGACCAACACAGAAGAACGCUGAAGAUGACCAACUGCAUAUCCCGACCAUACGGACGAAUUCGAGGAGAGGAGUCGCUCCUGGCCAUUUUCAGCGACACAUAUCCCGCUUCAUCUAGUGAGGAAAAUAAGAACAAACAACGGCAGCAUUACACCGGGAGAAAUGAACAAUACCGAGCGUUUUAAGUCAGACUAAUGAUCUGUGCGAAUGUGCGGACGCUGACUGAAUAAAUUCCGAAGGUAACGACCAUUUAUUCCACGAGCUGUUACCGUUGCAUUCCCUUCUUUUCUCAUGCCCUCCUGCUGCACUACUUCCUUUUCAUAUCUACAUGUCGUCUCGAAUGCAUGCAAUAACAUAAUCGAAUAAGAUUCAAAUAUUGUUUUUAUGUUGUUACUUAUUACUUUGUGGCGUUGCAUCCAAAAUAACCAGUGUGUGCGAGCGUGUUUGAGGAGCGUAUGCGUGCGUGCGUGCGUUUUUAAAGAAUUUAAAUGGAUAAAUAUAUUACGAGUCAUUGAGAUCUUUGUACAGUUUAUCAUCCAAUAAAACAAUACAUAAAGGAGAUGUUUUGUCUUAAACUAGAAUGCGAGAACUUUGUCGUGAGUGGCAGAACAGUAUUUAAUCAAAUGAGCUGAUAUUGUAUUAACGGAAAAUGAAUACAUGUAUACAUUUAUUUUCUAUUGGAGUUAUUUAGACGUCUUGUACAUGUGGUGCUGUAAGUGUUCCUAUAUUAUGAUAGCAUCUGUAAAAAGGAAAAGAUUAUAUCUUUUUUUUUAAACUUCAAUGUCAUGUUUCUUUUUAGAGAAGACGAUUCUUGUACAGCAUGGCUAUAAUCCUAUGCAAUAUGUAUUCAUAUAGAGAAUUGUAAGGUCGGGUGGGUUUGAUUUCAGAUUUAAAAGCUUUAAAGGGACUGGACAAUAAGGGUGCUUCGCAUUUACAAUGCACUGCUGUAGUUGCAUGACAACUUCUGAGUAAUAAAGUGUGUCAGUGUGUGUCAUCACGACCAACGGACCAACAUAACGGAGGAAGUGGGUGGAGCUAAAGCCAUUACAAAAUGAUGUUUCCUUUUACAAAAUAAAAAUCCUAAAAUAUAA